GAGGAGACAUAGUCGGGUGGAGGAACCCUGGUGAGGCACAACGACUGAGAGUUGCUUGGAACUGAGAGCUGUCAGUACAGUUCUGUAUCCUGCUUUAACCAGCAAGAAACCUGCGACUGUGACACGCGACAAACAACUGUGCUUCAUCUCCAUUUAAUUUUGUGCAGGCGGAAGCUUUGGAUAAAGAUUUCGUUUCCACAAUGGAAGAAGAGGGAAAUCUGACGAACACCACAUCUGUGGCCUGGGACGUGUCGUCAACGUUCUUCAAACACGACCUGGCGGUGUCGCUGGUCUUCAUCUGCUCGUACGCCGUGGUGUUCCUGCUGUGCGUGGUGGGGAACGUCACGGUCUGCUGUCUGGUGGCGCAGAACAGGAAACUCCACACCGUCACCAACUUCUUCAUCCUCAACCUGGCCGUGGCGGACCUCAUGAUCGCCAUCUUCUGUAUGCCCAUCACUCUGGUCAGCAACAUCGUCACAGUGUGGGUGUUUGGAGACGUCGUGUGCAAGUUGACUCCCUUCAUACAGGGUCUGUCUGUGGGCGCGUCCGUCUUCACACUGGUUGCCAUAGCGACCGAUCGCUACGUCGCUAUUGUCCGUGCACCCAAUGGAAGGAUCCGUGAGAGACAGGCUGUCAUCAUUAUCGUGGUGGUCUGGGUGCUGGCAGCUGUCAUCAUGGCGCCACAUGCUGUCGUCAUGGAAGCGAUACCACACCCUUACGUACAGGGGGAUGCCUGCCAGGAAGACUGGCCCGACACAAGAUCCCGCAUGGUGUACACUGUGGUCCUCUUCCUUCUGCUGUUUGUGGUUCCCUUGCUGACCGUCGCCUACAUGUACACAAAAGUCACCAAACGAACUUGCAGGAAGCCCCCAUCACACCCCCAAUCCCUCCAGCCGGACAGCGACGAUCGACAGUCCCCAUCUUUGACUGAAAUCGUUCGUUUCGUUCGAAAGAAUUCGUCCUCUCCUGACCACAAAGAUCACAGAAAAGCUAGAGUUGUCAAGAUGUUAGUUGUUGUGGUUGCUUUAUUUGCGAUUUGUUGGUUGCCACUACAUUUGGUCACUCUUGUCGGUGAUUUUGCUCAUCUGACGUACGACCAACUUGUGUUUGUUUAUCACUAUAUGUAUCCAGUGGCUCACUUCUUAGCCUACUUCAACAGCUGUGUGAACCCAAUCGUGUAUGGGUACUAUAACAAGAACUUCACUAGAAUGUGGAGAGAAAGGAAUGGGACUGUGCGAUUGUGUUGUUUCAAGAACAAAACGUCGACUCAGAGCUUUCGCCUGAGUAGUUUUCGCACCACGGGCCUUCUUAACGUCCGGAGUACAAGUCCAAAUCGUAUUGUACAGCUAACAAACAGACAAUAAAUUACCCCAUUGAUCUCUUUACGUCAAGAAAAGGGUGCUGAUACGGGAAUACUCGCUAUUGAUUAUUCUGUUAAUAUCCCUAACCCACAAA